GGGAAGGAUAAUAUACCGCGAGGAGGUGGUGGUGGUGUGGUUGGGUUUACCGCGAGAGAGCGCCACUGGGGUGGUUGUGGUGGUGGGUGUCCAGCGAGGUUUGGAGCCCUGAUUGGGCGCUUUUCUUGGGGUCCUCGUGCCUUUUCCUUCUCCUUUGACUGGACCGGGCGUAGACCCAUCUGCCACGACCGGAAUUACAAACUCUCUGGUGGUGGUGCCACUCUCGUGCUGCUGUGCUCCCUUUCCAUAUAAGAGCUGCGCCUCACUGGGACUUGGUUGUCUCCAGGUUGUGCACUCCAGCGUUGUGGUUCCUUCAAUGGUGCAUUUUUUAUCAGUAAGCCUUAUUGGUUUUUAACUUGUUGGUGGCGCGGGAGACAAUCGUCUUGGUGUUUACGGUUGAAAGCUUUGGAUUGGCUUGUAGUUUGCCGUUGAAGCAAGCAGGUGGACGCUGAAUGCACCGGAGUCGAAGAAGAUUCGAGUUCAAUUCGUGGGGGGGUUUUUUUUUACUUGUGUCUGUAAUCCUUCUUGCUUGCUCCCUGCCUGCCCGUUCCUCCCGAUCUGAGGUCGCUCUAAGGAGUUUUUGUUUUUUUGGAAAAAAAAAUUUUAAAAAUGAGUUAGGGGAUGCUGCGGAAAUCUGCUUCGACAAGUCGCACUUGCUCUCUGGCAUUGAUCCAGAGAAUUCCUCUUUACGUCAGCUUCGUUGUGAGAAGUGAAAUCUAGACACGAGACGACUGCGAGGGCUCGGGUUACGUGGUAUUGGGAGCUGGAUUUGAAGUGGUUGUAGCUGAACAGAAUUGGUGCUCCCUCGAGCAAGAGUUUGCUUUGUUUCAAACCAAUCGAAAGAUGGGCAACUACAUGUGCGUUAGUGUCAGGCACCGGCAAGUGCAAGAUGAGUGCCAAUGGCCGCCGACAAAGGUGAUUCGCGCAGACGGAACAAUUGAGGUGUAUAAGCACGCGGUGACGGCCGGGGAGCUUAUGAAACAGUACCCUGACCACUCGGUGUGUCACUCCAGCGCCAUGACUUCGGCUCUCACCGAAAGCUCAGCGUUGCCCGCCGAGAAGGAGCUCGAGGGUGGUCGUUUGUACUACGUUCUCCCCACGCAGAAGUUUCAUCAGGCGAGCAAAUCUGAAGGGAAAGUCGCAUCUCCGGGUUCUCGCGGGAAGACCGCAUCAGCUGAGAUCAGAUCAACACCAGGGUUCGCACAAGUGACAGUGAAAGGCGAAGCGGGUGCGAAGCUGUUUUACGACAAGCAUGGCGGUGUUUUGAAUUCCGUGGAGGACUCCGAGAAGGCGAUCAUCAGCUACUCGACACCUGAUCUGAAGAGCUUGCAUUUGAAAUUCAGCCUCACGCGGUCGAAUUCGUGGAAACCGUGUUUGGAGACCAUCAACGAAGUGAGCGCCGAUUCCCGGCGACAUGUCCAGAACUUCAUGCAAGCUUGCAGUCUGCAGAUUUGCCGAGGAAACACUUUGUGAACAGAUAUUCAACACUUCCACUCCUUUUGACUCCCGGCGUGGCUUUUACUAUGUACAUUUCAACCAUUGACGCAACGAAGGAGGCCGCGAGGGUUUUCGACGUCGAUACCGCUAUUGAUCCCAAACUCUGACCCAACCUGUACGGUGUUUACUGAUUCAUACAACAUGGUUUAGGGUUACAUAACAAGAUGUAAAAUUAGGACUACUGCCCCUUCAUGGGGAUAUACGCGCACGGCAGCGAGGCUAGGUCAGUGUUUGGGAUCUGCAGCACAUCGGAGAAAAAGCGUCUGUGAUGUAUGGUCAUGUCAGCACUAGUUUCCGAGUGUAACAAGGUCGGUCACGAGUGUGGGUGUUGGCUCUGGUUGCGGCCGGAGCUACGAGAUUCAAAAAUUUACACAAUUUUGUAGGUCAAAUUAUGUUCAAUGAGGUAUCCAAAAUUAAGGAUGUGGUUCUCUUGUGCAA